UCCGCAAUUCCGCAUUCACCGCCCAUGGCCUCCUCGUUCCCACAUUCUACUGCUCGAACCUUCAUGGCGGUGUUCUACGAUAGUGUCCACUGGUUGUCUCGCUUUCAAGUCCUUGGAGGUGCUCGUGUGAAGGUUACAUGCUCGACAAGAUCACAUACGAAUGGCCUUCAACCUCUCCGGCGAAUCGGCGGCGCACCCGCCGCCGCCCGCACACCUCCCAGCCCCAACCAGUCCAAGCAAGCAAGCCGACGGCCCAACUCUUCCGGUCCUCCCCCCGCGCGUUGCGGGGCGAGCACCACCAGCAGCACGCCGCCGAAGCAUCCGGCUCCAUCGCUGCGCACACAACUUUCUUUCCUUUCUCUCUGGCAAACGCGCGCCCCCCCUCCCCUCGCCUCCCUCUCUCCCUUCCAUUCCUCCCCCCACUACUAAAAUUGGCGCGCCGGGUUAACUACCACCGUCCGUGCGUGCACGGCGCUGGGACCGCGGGCCACACGGCGGGGCGGGGGCGGGGGGACGAGGAGGACGGCGCGGCGUGCGGCAAUGGCGUCCGGCACCUGGCGCAAGGCCUACGGCGCGCUCAAGGACUCCACCAAGGUUGGCCUCGCCAACUUCAACAGCGAGUACAAGGAUUUGGAUAUCGCCAUGGUGAAGGCGACGAACCACGUGGAGUGCCCGCCCAAGGAGCGGCACCUCAGGAAGCUACUCUAUGCGACCUUGGUAAAUCGCCCGCGAGCUGAUGUCGCCUACUGCAUAUGUACAUUGGCGAGGAGAUUGUCCAAGACCAAGAAUUGGAUAGUUGCAUUGAAAACAUUGAUAGUGAUACAUAGAUUAUUGAGAGAAGGUGAUGGGACAUUCAAAGAUGACUUCUUGACCUAUUCAUAUAGAGGAAAUAUUUUGCAGAUUCCACACUUCAAGGAUGACUCUAGCCCAUUAGCAUGGGAUUGCUCUGCUUGGGUUCGCCUGUAUGCAUUCUACCUAAACGAACGGGUGGAGUGCUAUAGGGUUCUAAAAUACGAUGUUGAAGCUGAUCGUCUAAUGAGAUUACCCCAGGCUUCGGGCAAGGCACACAGUAGAACAAGAACCCUUCCAUGCAGAGAUCUUUUAGAUCAGUUGCCUGCACUACAGAAACUACUUCUGAGGCUUAUUUCCUGCCAGCCCGAUGGUUCAGCUUGCACAAAUUACCUUGUACAAUAUGCAUUAGCCCUUGUUCUGAAGGAGAGCUUCAAAAUAUACUGUUCAAUCAAUGAUGGCAUCAUCAAUCUUGUUGACAUGUAUUUUGAUAUGCCAAAAGUUGAUGCUAUCAAGGCCCUUGAAAUUUAUAAAAGAGCUGGCCAGCAGGCAGAAAGGCUUUCGGCCUUUUAUGACCACUGCAAACGUCUUGACCUGGCCAGGACUUUCCAGUUUCCUACUUUGAGGCAGCCACCUUCUUCUUUCCUUAUAACGAUGGAAGAGUACAUCAGAGAAGCACCGCGUACAAGCAUCACGAAUAAGGGUGUGGUGAGUGCAUUCACGGAAAAUGAGGAGCAGAGUUUACCUAGUGACCACGAAGAUGAAGCUCCACAGGAAACCGAGAAACCGGCGGAAGAGGAAAAGGAAGAGCUUGCAGAGCCUGAAGAAGAGCCACAGUUAACUGCUGAGCUCUCAGAAGAAGAUGAACCACAGUCAUUUCCCACCACUGGGGAUCUAUUAAACUUGGAUGAAGAAUUACACCCCAUGAUUGCAAAUCUUGAACAAAGCAACGCACUUGCUCUUGCUAUUGUGGCACCAGGGAGUGAGAAUCAGGCCUCAACUUCUCAAGACUUGUUUGCAAUCGACAAAUCUGGGUGGGAAUUGGCACUGGUCUCUGCACCAAGUAACCAUACAAGUCAACCAGCUGGCAUCCAAUUGGCUGGAGGGUUUGAUAAGCUGCUGCUAGACAGCCUAUAUGAAGAUGAGGCAAGGAGACAUCAAAUAGCAAGCGUGACCUACACAGGAGGCCUUGUGGCAAACCCAUUUGAUCCCAAGGACCCAUUCGCCAUGUCCAACAGCUUCGCGCCGCCAUCGAAUGUGCAGUUAGCUAUGAUGGCUCAGCAGCAACAGUAUUACCAGGCACAGCAGCAGGAGUACUUCCAGGUGCAGCAACAACAGCAAAUGGUGAUGAUGCCACCACAAACAUACCAACAGCAGCAGGCUCAGUAUUCCACGAAUGCCGGAUUAUCCAACCCAUUUGGUGAUCCUUUCAGUGGUCUCGUUGCGAUGGCCAAUCCACCAAAGCAAAGCAAUUCAAAUUUAGCCUGAAUUGCUGCACAUUCUUUAUUGUAUCUUCCUCUAAUCUUCCUCUAAUCCAGUUUUGAGGAGCAACUUGUAUAGUCUGAAACAUUUUGAUACUGUACCUCGAUGAUGUAUUGUACAACUAACAUUUGGAAACUGAUAUGACCAUUUGAAUGCCAGUAUAUUACACAGUUUUGAC